GGCUCUGAAAGCUCCAGGAUGGAUGAAGCACUGGCAUUGUGGUGUUCGAGCUAAAACGAGUGGUAAAUUGGUCGCAUUUAUCUCGGCAAUUCCGUCAGUUAUACGGGUUUAUGACAAGGUAAUCAAAAUGGUGGAGAUCAAUUUUUUGUGCGUGCAUAAGAAGCUUCGUUCAAAAAGGGUGGCACCAGUGCUGAUCCGUGAGAUCACACGUCGGGUAAAUCGUCAGGGUAUUUUUCAAGCCGCAUUUACAGCUGGUGUCCAACCGAAAACAUCAAAUCUGAUGCCAAUGGAGAAAUGUCACAUCGAUAGCGCGUAUAAAUUGCUUCAAAAUUAUUUGAAAAAAUUCGACCUGGCACCAGUUUUUUCACGUGCUGAUUUCGAACAUUUCUUUCUGCCUAGGUACAAUGUCAUCUACAGUUACGUUGCUCUGGUACGUUUGCCUUCCCAGCAGUUCCAUUGAUU